AUGGACAUAACACAACAGCAAAGUACAACGAUGAUGAAUUCAUCAUCAUUCGAUGCUCAUGAUAGUAAUGACUUCAUGAUUGAUACUCUAACGAGACAUAUCUUUUUUGAAAGGAUAUUCCCCCUUUUACCCAUUGAAUCAAAUCUAAGGACCUAUCAAGAGGUUGAGGCAAAUGAAUUUUACACAUCAUGUAGAUCAGUUGUAUUAAAUGUUGCAGUGUCAAGAAAUCUAAAUGCCAUUAUAAACCACUCUCUAGAUCUUAUUGAUCAAAUUUUACAAAAUCAUAGAAUUAUAUCAAAUCAGUUAGGGGAAGAAUCAAUACAGUCCAUUUUAGUCCUUUUAAGAUUACUAAGUGACGUUACAGAAUACUGUUGGGAAAUUAAAGAAAAUGCACGACCAAAUAAUUCUACUCGUCCAACUUAUGAAGACCAAAAAAAAUUUUUAUCAUCAAAUGUUGUUGGUUUCUCCACUCAUAGACCAAAUUUUCAUACCAUACCGCCAGAUCCCAUUGAUUCCAAUCUAGCGACCAGAUUCAUCAAAGUCUGUACAGUCUUAAAGUUUAAUACAGGAAGUUUAAGAGUACUGCAAAAUAUGUCAUACAAUCUUACAGGUUCAACUUCAAUCAAAUUGGAUAAUAUCUUACCAGAAUAUCAAGCUUUCUUGAAGGAAAAUAAUUACCCCUUAUAUGCUGCCAAAGUGGACUUAACACUAGAUUAUAUUCAAAGAUUUAUUGGCGCAACAAAUCCAAAUGAACUAAUAAAUUUUCUCAAAUUGAAAAUUAUAACACCAUUCGCAACAAACCAUUCAAUAUCUGCAACAAAUAUAGUAGAAUAUCUGGAUCUUUAUGGUUGUAUUUAUCUGACAAAUAAAAGAUUACCAAUCUUCUUGGAAAUGGUAAGAAAAUUAUCAAGCAAUAUGAGAAGAACUUCUAUACAUUCAUUAUUACUAUAUUUUGCUUCAAAGGCUAUGAUGAUAUGGAUGCUAGCAAGACCUUCAGAAUACGUUCAAUAUUAUUCAAAUAUUAAUAAUAAUGAAGAUCCUUCAAUAAGACAAAUUAAACAACUAUCUUCAUCUCUUUUCGAAGACGUUUAUUCAAAUUUCAAUAUAUCUGCAUUACUCUCUACAGUUUAUGACUUUACAAAUAGUCAUAGUAACACGGCAUCUAAUAUCACUGGUGACCCUAUUAUUCCAACAAAUACUGAUAACAAUAACAGUUACACUGGUGGCGAUAACACCACCACCACUACUACCACUACUACUAGUGGUACUGCUAAUACUGCCUCGUCUCGUCUCCUUCGAUCUGCAAGAGCUAAUAGUAAUCAUAGUUCAGGAAGUUACAAUGGUUCACCUAAUACUGUUAAAAGUAUUCAAUUGUCUUUAAGUAAUUCACAAGGAAGUACUGGUAGUACAGGUCAAGAGAAAAGAUUUUUUUCGCCAGUAUCACCACUAUAUCCAUCUCAAAAUUUUCCUUUUUCACCAAUUGUUAGUCCACUUGAUUUUUCAGAUUCUUCAACAAAAGGUCAAUCCACAUUUAAUGAUGAGAAUUAUUCACAGAGAUCAAGAACUAAAUCUGCUUCUUUUGUACAUGAUUUCGAUUCUCAUAAUCUUCGAUAUCCUGGCGAUUUAGAUGAACCUUCUAAGCAAACCUCGGAAUAUUUCAAUCUAGAUAACGUCCUUGAUCUAUUUGCCAAUUUCUCACAAUCUGAUUUGUUAUCUCAUACCGCUGUUUUGAGAUUCUUAGUCGUCUUAACUUUAUUAGAUCCCGAUGCCUUCAAUGAAAUAAAUUCGACUUCUUUUAAAAAUAUUCCAGACAUCAAUGACGACAAUAUCAACAUUGCCAACCCCAAUGAUCAUAACUCAUCAAUAAUAUCUGAAAGGGCUCAAGGUUUGAGACACUUAACUCAUGGCCUCAAAAAAUUGACUUCUUUACAAACAUCCAAAAAAUGUCGUCCUUUCAAAUUCUUAAGCAUAUUACUUAGAAAUAUCAACGCAGUUCAAGUUGUCUCUGACGUUGCUUUAAUCGAUUCGAUCAGAUCUUUGUUGACUUUAGUAACAAUGUCAUCAAGCGUUCGUCUUCAUAAUGAAAAUUUACCAAUUGUACUAUUUUCAAAAAGGCUUUUCGAAUUUUUAGGACAUAACUUGGAUAUUGGCAAAAAUUGGAAUGCUAUCAGGAAUAACUACAUUUCUAAUUGUUUGGAAAGAUAUCCCAAGAUUAAGAGAAGACUUCAAUUGGAAUUUUUCGCAGGUUCAAUACAAUUGAACCCAAAAGUCUUCCUUCAUCAUUUACAAUUAGAUAAAGAACUUACUAUCUUAAAUUUGAAAAGGCUCUCUUUGUAUACAGAAGGCUUCAGAAUUUUUUUUCAUUUAAUUACCGCUAACAAUUUAAGAGGUGAAAUUGCGAUUAGUACAUCAAAAUUUUUCAAAUCGUUAUUUUGUCUUAUAGCUGAUAUUCUACUGAAAGGAUAUCCCUAUUUCGAUAACAAAGUCACAGAUAUUGUUACAUCAAUUUUAGAUGGUUCUAUAUUAGAAAAAUUUGAAACUGCUAGAAGUCUAUCUCAAUUAAGUAGAAGUGCAGAUAGGGAUGAUGAAAGGUAUACUUUAUCUUCAAUACCUGAGAGUGAACGUAACCCAACGCCAUCCAUCAAUGUAUGGGAUAUUCACACCGUACUCCCAGCGUACCAACCCGUUCAUGAAUCUCCAGCAAGUGCUUCAAAACUUGACGAGUUAAAUAUGGAAAAUGAUAGGCCUUCAGCAAUAUUGACUCCCCUCGCACAUCAUGUAUCCACUAACCCCAAUUUGUCUUAUAAGAGAAGUUCAUUACUCUCAUCACCUAUAGAAUUGGAAAAAAAUAAAGAACGUUCACAAAGCGUUGAAUAUCCUGUAAUAAGUCAAGCACAGAUUCCUCCUCCACCAUCUAUGAGUUCCCCACAAUCGCAUCAAAAUUUAAUGAGAACAUUAAGAUCUCCAAAACAACAGCCAUUACAACAACCAAGAUCGAGAAGAACUUCUGACGAAAAAGGUCCUAGAAAUUUUACCUAUCACCAAGUACAAUCAGAGAAUCCAUUUUUUGCAAGUUCCUUAGUCUCUGCAAAUACUGUUAGUCGAAAUUCAAGCUCAAGUAAUAGUGUUGCUAAUAGAAUCAGUGAUAGUGACGAUGCACGAAAGAUUAUGAUGGGCAUAUUCAGUAUUUUCAAAAGAGUAACGAGUUAUUUCAUUUUGCCAAGCCAAAAAAGUACAUCAGAUUCCGCUUGGGUUUCAAAGGAUUUUAGAAACAUUAUUAAACCUAUCUUUGUUGCCAUAAUGGAUUCUAAUGAUGUCCUACAAAGUACUGCUCAAUCAUUUAUGGAUGUAUUAGGUAACUACAUUGCUGAUUUCUCCCUGGGAGUUGAUGCGAAAAACCUAAGUGAACAUUAUCUGUUAUGCACAUAUACUAUUGCCCUCUUUUCCGCUGCAUUAUACGAUUUAAAAAUAAAUAGUGCCAAGAGAGAAGUUCUUUUGAGUGUGCUAGUUAAGUUUUUCAAAGUCAAAACAAAACUUAUGAAAUUGGCAGGAAAAUCGCACCUCAUAAACGAGAUAACCGAAAUCGAGAAGACAGUUUUCCCUCUGUUGGCUGCUACUUCAGGGAGUUCUCUUUUCAUAUCUUUACACUGUAACAAAGGUAAUUCCCAAAAAUUUUUGAUACAAGGCUACGCAGAAUUGGCAACUUCAAUCAAAUUUUAUGAAAAAUAUGUCGGAGGUAUUGAUAAAACGUGCAUUUACAAUUUAAAUUUUAUUAAUGCCACAGCAGGUGGAACAUAUCCCUCAUCUGGGUCAGUCGCUUUCCAGCGUAGAUUAAGAAAUGAUAUUUUGAAAAAUAUUAGAUAUCCUGAUUCUUCGUUACUAGACGCAAUGAAUGUAUUAUACAAUAAAUGGUUUUACUUUUCAUCAUUAACAUAUUUGAGUCAUGAAGAACUUGCUGAUUUCAGAAGUAUAGCAGGAAUCUUGGCCUCUAUGGCUGGGAUCUUGUUUAUCAUUGGUGGAGACGAUAUCCUAUUAUUUAAGAGUUUGCCAUAUUUACUUGAUUUAAGAAAUGAAUUGAACAGGAAAAUGGAUUAUUUUGUCAAGAAACAAUGUGAUUGGCUAAAUAAUUCUGAUCUUUUAACGAGAGAAAACUCAAGAGAUAUUCUUAGUGUCGAGUUGCAUCCUCUUUCCUUUAAAUUAAUGCUCGCUCAUUUACAUACAAAGAUAGAGCAAAUAUCAGCUUUAGAUUUGUCUCAACAAAAGAAUCAAUCUGCUUUCUUACUUUUGGAACAAUCCAUUAUAAUUUUAAGAACAGUUUUAAAACGUGAUGAUGAAGAACGAAACAUGUUAGUGUUUUCUCCAGAAUUGAUCGAGGUUAUUGAUUUAAUCAUUGACGUUGUAGAAAAUAUUGAUAAAACCUCAAUCAAAUAUUAUAAGGCUGUUAUUCAAUUGUCAAAAAUGUUACGUGCUGUAGAACAUUCCGAAACAUCUUUGGGUCUUAGAAAUCAUUUCAUGUUAAAAAACAAAUGGAUUAAACUUGUAAUUAGCUGGUUCAAUCAUAGUAUUGUUAAAGAAUAUGAUUUUGUAAACCUUUCAAAACCUCAUCGUAAAAUGAACCUUAAGAAAAGAGAUUUAGACUUUCUCUAUAUUGAUACAUCUAUUGAAUCAUCGAGAGCACUUUCUUAUCUUACAGAGAAUGUGCCAUUAAUUGUUGCGCCAACAUCAUCCAAGGAGGAAUUAAAGAGAUCGGCUACAGUAACUUUUGGAAAUUACUUCUGCAUCCUUUUGAAAGGUCUAGAGAAGUACACAAGCUCAGAAGAGUCACCUGUAUCGGUUAAACAUAAAAUCAAUAUUCUUACCGAAAACAUAAUAACAUCGUUGACAAAUCUUUCAAAUGCUAAUGUAAAUGCUAGUUUGCAAUUCAGUUUGCCGAUGGGUUACUCCAAUAAUGUCAGCAUUAGAGUUGCUUUUCUGACAGUGUUCGUUGACAUUAUUUCUAAUUAUCCCACCCAAGAAAGUCAAUCCGACAAAAAUAGAAUGACAGGGGCUGAUCAAUUGAUACAGCUUUUUAUAAGGCAUCCUAAGUUAUUGUAUUAUAUGAGUUCAAUCUGUCCCGCUAGUGAUGUAGAUGCUUUGGCGGUUACUUUAGUCAAUGGGUUCGAAACUAGAAACGCUGGAUUCGUUGCUGUAACGUCUUUACUUAAGGAAGAGAUAAAAGAUGCUACAAGGUGUUCCGAAAUAUUGAGAAGGAACAGUUGUGGGACUAGGGCUUUGGCACUGUAUGCAAGACAAAAAGGGCAUCAGUAUCUGAUUGACACUCUAGGGCCUGUACUACAGGAAAUUAUUGAAUCUGGGGUAUUCUUAGAUAUAGAGCCAUCUCCUUCCAACGAAGGAAAACCGCAGGUCGACACUUUUAUGCAUUAUUUGGAGAAGCUUGUUGAUAGCCUCGAAAACUCUGUUGAUCUUUUCCCUCCUGAGCUACUGAUCGUCUGCAAAACAAUUUAUGAAUCUGUAGUUGAGAAAUUUCCAGAAUAUGCACUCAUAGCUGUAGGUUCUUUUGUCUUUUUAAGAUUUAUUGGACCCGCUCUAGUAUCGCCAGACUAUGAGAAUAUCAUUGAUGUGAGUAGCUCCAACAAUAAGCGUUCAUUUGUCGCAUUGGCUAGAAUUAUACAGAGCAUGGCGAACGGUUCAAAUACGUUUGGUAAGUGGCCUCUAUUAGCGCCCAAAUCGGAUCUUUUAGAGGCAUAUAGUAAAAGGAUUUUCGAUUUUCUUUCUGCACUUUGCUUAGCUUCAAAUGUUCCGUGUAUCGAAGUGGGAGAAGUAGAUGGGCUCGUGCCGUUUGAUUACAAUUUUCUUCACAAAUUUGUUUAUGAACAUGAUCUUGAUCUUCGUUCAAAGGUUGCUAAUUCCAUAAAUACUCAGCAACAAUUUGAACUGCUAAAGGAUACAUCUCUGUUAGUCGAUAACAUUCUAGGGAUAAUGGGGCAGCCCAUAGCAGAAAUGGAAAACGAAUUGCCAGAGUGGGUUAAGGAAAAUAUGGAUAGCUACCCACAUAUAUAUGAAUUUAUGAAUAGACACUCAUUUCGAUCCUUCCUGGAAAAUAGCAGUGAGGAAUUUGCCGUACAAGAAUCCAUGUCUUCGGAUGGUAUACCAGUUGUCAUCGUCACAUUUGGAAAGCUCUCUGCUGAGCGAAAUAAUUUGGAAUUAUUCGUAUUCAAACUCUUACUCAUACAAGCGAGAGUAUGGUCAAAUAAGUACUACUUGGCCUUUGAUUGUACUGAAUAUGGCAUCAGGCCUUCUGAUUUCAAAAAACUAUCGAGCAAGUUCUUUUCUCUUUUACCAGCGGAAUCAGUAACGAACUGUGCCAACGUAUUUUAUAUCAAUGUUACUGAACUGUUCAUGAAGGGCUGGAUUUUUAUCCUAGAAAUGGAUAAUCCAUUUAUUUCUGAAGAAGUUCCUUUUCAGUUUCUAAAUAGCAACUCGGAUUGGGAAACAAUGCAGAAGCUUGGUUUACCUCCAAGAAAUCUGGAAGUUUCCCAAAAUAUUCGCAUAGCUAUACAUGAUAUUGCGCUAUAUGAUGAAACUAAAGAUGGCUUUUUUCCAGUGACCUUAAAGCUCGGUAGUAAAUACUUUCAAGUUUUACAAGAAACCCCAAAAAUUUACCAUCUAAACCAUUUGAAUACAUCUUUGGGUGUAAAAUUGAAUAACGUUUACCAUUUGUCAGAAGUAAGCUCAAUAACGACUUCAUCGCUUAGCGCAAUAGAAAAUGAAUUUACGGUAUCAUUUUUUGAUGAUUCAAGACUAAUAUUUUCCAGCCCAAAGUAUCUUGAAAUAGUUAAAAUGUUCUACUAUACUCAAAGCAAACUAGAAACUGAAUAUGAGGUGGAAGGCUCGAGUACUUGUUUAACUACAGAGAUUCAGAAAAAAUCCAGGGACAGGUAUGAUAUUAUAUGCCAUCUUCUACUUGUUAUUUUUGUUAAUCUCUUCAAUGCUGACAAUGUCGUGAAAAAUGUUUCGUACAAUCUAUUGGUUGCUGUCCAAGACGCAUUUGAUUUGGAUUUGGGAGCAAAGUACUGUAUGUCACCAGAAGUUUAUGUACCUGAAGAUACUACAACUUUUCUGUCCACUGUUUCUAAAGCCCUAGCGAAAUCUUCUCCGGAAUUAACGCCUCAUAUGUGGAAGUACAUGUUGUCUGGAUUAAGAAAAAAAGUCAUAGCACAUGAAUACAUCCCCGUGACCAUUUGUUGUUUAUCCUACUGGGUACCCAAUGUUUACAAACAUGUAUAUCUAACCGAUGAGGAAGAAGGUGUGGAAAGAGUUUCACAUAUCAUAAGGAUUUUAAUAAUGUUGACUGUGCAGGAGCCUGAUUUUAAAACUGUUUAUCUACAACAUGUAUGGUUUGGUUUUUCAUUAGAUGAUAGAUUAACUAAAAUCAUUGUCAAUGAGAUUAUUAAUCAUGCUCUUGAAAGGGAUUCUGAAGGCCGGGAUUGGAAAAGGGGUGCUUACUUGAUAACAGGAUUUUCUAGUGCGGAAACAGGCAGCCAGAUUGUUGACAAAUUGUUGGAUAUGAUACGAUCUUUUUUACCAUCCCUGAAUCUCGAGACUUCAACCCACAGUUGGUCUGAAGUAACCAUUUUGUCGAAGCUUGCAGGAAUGGUAUUUUUCGAGGCACCCUUAUUGGCUCAGAUGUACUUGCCACAAUUGCUAUUCAUUAUUUCACUGUUAAUAGAUGUAGGGCCAAGCGAGUUACGAUUUAAUUUGCACCAGUUACUAAUGAAUAUAUGUCAUUCUCUCAGUAUUAAUGAAGCUUUAAGUCCCUCGAACAGAGAAAAUCUUAAUAGAGUUUCCGGCAUUUUUUCAAGACAGAAGUUAAAUUUAGUCUCAAGCUUCAACCAAGACAAAACAAAGCUCUUGCCAUAUUCCGCUGCUGCGUCGUUUGGGUCCAAGUUUACCACAUUACAGCAUUUUGUCACUAAUCUAGUGACACUUAUGAAUUCAAGUUCUCCAUCAGAGGGCGCCCACUGGAAGAGCAGAUACAAGAAGCUUCUGGUACAUUCCGUCUGUACUUCAGAUUCGUUCUUAUCAGCUCGUGCAAUGAUGAUAUUAGGUAUUCUUGGUGAAAAACAGAGCACCGAAAAUAUGUGUAAAUCUUUGUUAUCAGAAACAAUGAGGAUUAUUGGAGAGCCGUCUUUGACAGAUGAAACGUUGCUUUUAACAAUUGCGCAUUCAUUCGCUUAUAGUAAGCUAGUCCAAGGAUUGGAUGGUAAUCUACCAAUCGUGAAGCAAAUGUUCUGGUUUUCCACUACAGUCGUGACUUCUAAGCAUCCUGUUCUCUUUGAGGCUGGUCUAACGUUUAUGUCGAAUUGUUUAAACAAGUUAUAUUUAAAUCAUUUUGAUAACAGUUCCGAUGUAUUGCCUCUUCCUGAUAUUUUGUUGGAGGCCAGAAGCUUUGCAGCCUCAUAUUUAGACCGGCUGGAAAGUUUCUCUAAAACGAAGUGGAAUAAAGAAAAUUAUGUUCAUAUUUUAUUGGCAUUUAUUAUAAGAGGUUUAUCCAUACCUGCCAUCAAAACGGUAGCUAAUUCUUCUUUGAGAUCGUUAUUUCUACACUCAUACUCUGAUCUUGAAAAGGAUCCCAGUUCUGUUCAGCAUAUGUCCUACAUGCUUAUUUUAUUUCUUUUGUAUCCUUCUAAUCAAUUUUGUGGCAUUUUAGAGGAAAUAGGGCUGGUGGAUACAGAAAUGCUUUAUUUAGACGAAGAACAUGCAAUUCCUGGAGUUUUAAGUAAAUGGAUAACAUCGGAUAGUUGCGAUUCAAAUAUUACGCUUUAUCAAUGUGCUCUAUUAUUUGCUAGUAGCAUAUUGGAUGAGCCAAGUAAGUACAGGUUUGCUUUAAUCAUGAGGUACUUACUUCAAACAAAUCCUGUGUGCCUAUACAGAUUCUACCUUAUUGUAAGAAAAGAAUUGAGACGUAUUUCAUCUUUAGAAGAAAAUGCGGCCACUGUUUCUGUAGCGUUUGAUAUCGUUGGUUUGUCUGUAACUCAUGAGGAAUUCAAUUACAUGGAGGACUUCGGACUAAAGUCAUCAGAAUAUAUUGAUAAGAGAGGUUUAUCAAUUAUAAAGGACGUAGAAGUGUUCAAGCAAAAUUAUGAAGAUAUUAUGAUAGAUUUCCAAGCCGAUCCAAGGUUGAUUUAUGAGAACAAAAAAUUGACCUUGAUGAUUUUAUCCAGAAUGUCAUGUCAUAUAUAG